AUUUGUGUGAAAAAUGGAAAAAACUGAAAAUACACAGAUUACCGGCAAUGCUAGACGUAAAAUAUUGAGCGUUGCCGUUUCUCAAAUUCUUAUGGAAAAGGGAUUCGACAGCGUUGACAAGGAAUGUUUGGAAACACUGACGGAAAUGUUACAAAGCUUGCUCGUAGAGGUAGGACAAUCUGCAAGAAGUUAUUGUGAACUUUCGGGGCGUACAAUACCGGUGGUUGGCGAUGUUGUUGUGGCUCUGGUGAACAUGGGAAUUUCUUUACAGGGGAUUGAGGCUUUCGCCAAACGGGAAGGGCGGCAAAUCAUAUCAAUGCCGCCACAGCAACAAUCAAACAAACAAUUGCCACUAUUACAAGCUGGCACAAAAUCUCAGCAUCCGCCACAUAUCCUACCAUAUUUGCCGCUUUUCCCCGAUCCACAUGCCUACGUUAGAACACCGACACAUAAGCAACCUGUAACCGAAUACGAAGCUAUUAGAGAAAAGGCGGCUACCCAGAAAAGAGACAUCGAAAAGGCACUGACAAAGUUCUUGGCAAAAACCUCGGAGACGCACAGUCUCUUUGAUACAGAAGACAAUAUGUUUCCUCUGAUUGCUUGCAAGCCAGCAUUUCCAACUUAUUUAGCUGCUUUGAAUCCCACAGACCAAGUAUUCGAUUUUGAGGAAUUAGAAUACCACUAUUUAGUGGCCAAUAGAACAGAAGACUGUAAAGAAGGAGAAAGCAAUGACAAUGGUGAAGGUAGCGGCAGUGGUGGUGGCAAUGAUGAACCUGAGAAAAAAACCGAAAAGCCAGAAAAGGAAGUCAAACCAGAAAAUGAUAUAAAGCCCAACUCAACGACCAACAAAGCCAUUUUAGAGAAUCCCAACAUUGACAAUCCAUAUUUAAGGGCGGCAACAUUGCCGAAACGCACAAAGCCAGAUCCCCUAGCUGCAGUCUCUUUGUAA